GUUAACGCGUCUUCUGUAAGCAGUACAAGUAAUUCAGCUUUACCAGCUACAGUAACAAAAUGCUGGAAUAGACGUCAGCUGGCUCGGCAAAUCCUCCAACUUCAUCGCGUGACAUCGUGGGAGAACUUGUGCUGCCGGCGCGCGCACCCAGCUUGUUUUGCUAGAGAUCUUUGACACCAGGACAUUUACACUGCUUGACGGUCCUCAGCAGCUCAAGCUUGACGCGACGCUUGGUACUUUUGAGAAUUGACCCGAGCUCGGCACACUGGACGACUUAUAAUGCAGCAGCAGGGCUUCCGCUCAGUGCAGCGGCCAGCGCAGCUGCAGGCUCGCUGUCGCUGCCAGCCCUAUCGCCCAAAUGUGGUCAUCCGUGCCAGCCUGUCGGAUUCGCGGCCACAUAUGGUGGCGGUGAGCUUCCGGACGCAGUAUAAGUGCGACUUUGGCCAGGCACUCGCUCUCGUCGGCGACUCGGUCACAUUGGGCAGCUGGAAGGGUACACAGGCACAGCGGAUGAAAUGGACCAGCGGUGACCAAUGGACGUGCACAGUGGCUCUGCCAGCGGGGUCGGCUCUGGAGUGCAAGUACAUUGUGGUGGACGAGCGCACGGGCCGCGAGGUCCGCUGGCAGGAGGGGGGGAACAUGCUGGUCACCGUGCCCGCUAGCGUGCAGAGCCUACCCGUGGAGCAGUACGAGACGCGCAUCUCGUGGUGCAAGCAGUACAGCUCGUUCAAGGCGCACCCGCUCACCAGCGUGGCCGCCGCCGCCGCCGGCAUCACCGCAGCGGCGGCCGCCAAGAGCGCGGCGCCCGUGAUGGCCUGGGCGGCGGCCAAGGGCGCCUCUGUUGCCGCCGCGGCGGCCGUGGGCAGCAGCAACAGCAGCAGCAUCACGGCGACGGCCGUCGCCGCGCCGCCUCAGCAACAGCAACAGCUGAAGGCAGCGGGCGCGGGCGCGGCGGGUGCUGGGGGUGCGGGCACCGCCGCUUUGGGUGCGUUGCCAACCGUGUCCGCCGCCGCCGCGCCGGACGGCCUGGUCGCCACCAUUGCCCAGGCUGCUGCGGACGCCGUAUUGUCGGGCGCCUCCCUGGCUGGCCUGCCUGUGGCCACGCCCCCUCCCGGCAUGGCCGCUGGCGUGGGCGCUGACGCCAGCAGCGGCGGCGCGGCGCGCUUCCACCUGACGCCGGCGUCCGAGGACGAGCCGCUGACGCUGACGCUACUGCCGCGCAGCACCAGCCCGCCGCUCAAGCUCAGCCUGAGCAACAACUACAGCCAGCUCAUGGAGAUGACCGGCGGCGGCAGUAGCCCCGGCGGCGGCAGUAGCCCCAGCGCCAGCCGCAGCAGCAGCAGCGCCAACCUAGCUGGCAUGGCCGCGGCUUCGGCGGCCACCGCGGCUGCAGCGACCCCCGCCACGUCAGCACCUGCCGGCUCCACGUCAGCAGCCUCGCAGAUCCGCAGCCACCCCAUCGAGGUGCGCUGCUCCCCCUGGAGCGAGCCGCUGUCGCAGCAGCAGCUGCAGCAGCGCCGCGCCUCCUCCACCUCAUCCUCCUCUUCCGCAGCCAAGCAGCAACAGCCGCAGCCGGCCCCCAAGCAGCCUGUGGCGGCGCUGCCGGCCGUAUCAACCGCCAGCGUGUCUGCAUGGGGCGCCGAGUACGACAUGUACGCGAGCCUGUACGAUGCGCCGUACAUGCACACGGCCUUCGACCUGGACGCCUACGCGCUGUACGACACCCCCUCCGUGCCUGAGCCCGCCUCCGUCGCCUCCUCCGUCACGGCGCGCGCCCGCUCGCCGCUUGCCGGCGGCCGCGCCGCCAGCCCCGCCGCGGCCGCUGGCACUGCGGGCACCGCCGCUGCUUCGAUCUUUGGCUCGCCGGGCGGCGUGAAGGCGGCCUCAGGCUGCGUUGACCCGCUGGAGUCGGCGGUGCAGGCCGCGCGCAGCAGCAGCCCAUCCAAGGCCGCCGCCGCCGCCGCGGCUCCGACAGCCCCUCCGACUAGCGCUGGGGCCGCGGCCGCAGCCGCGGCCCCGGGCUCCGCUCCCGCGUACAACUCCAUCUUCACUGACGCCCCGGCAGCUUCUAAGCAGCCACCCUCUGCAGCUGCCUCCGCCGCCGCCUCCGCAUCAGCUACCUCGUCCGCCUCUUCCACGGACGCGGCCGCAGCCUCCUCUUCCUAUCGCUCCACCUCACGCUCGGGCAAGGCGGUUGCGGACUGGGCCGGCCGCACGCUCUUCACCCUCUCCUCCGCCUCCGCCUCCGCCUCCAUCCUCGACUCCGCAGACUCGGAUUCCGACGAGGAGGAUGACGAGGUGUCAGAGCACGAGGCGCGUGUCGCGCACGCGCUUACCGCGCCCGUGACUGCUGCCGACAUGGCGGCGCUCCUCAAGAACAUGGGCACGGCGCUGGGCCACUCCGUGCGGCUGCGCCACGGUGGCGUGGAGCCGGCGGCGGCAGACCUGCUCGAGUUGGACCGGCAGAUUGCGCUGCAGUGCUCCAAGCUUUACCGCAAGCGCGAUAAUUUGUUGGUGGGCUUCGUGCGGCAGGAGACUGCGCGGCGGCAGCUGGCGCCCGCGGUGGCGGCGGCGGCGGCGGGAGGCAGCGGCGGCAGCGGUGCCGGGGGUGCGGGCGUGAGGGCGGGCAGUAACAGCGUGACGCCCAUGUGAGGUGGUGGGGUGGGCGUGUGAGGCAGCCGCGUGAGGGAGCGGCGUGAAGGAGCCGCGCGAGGGAGCGGCGUGAGGCAAGCUGCAUGCGGGAGCGGCGUGAGGGAUCGGCGUGAGUGUGGAGAAGGGGCAAGGUGGACAGCCGGCAGCCGACAGCAGCGGAGCGGAGCGGAGCGGAGCGGAGCGGAGAGGACAGAGGAAACGACACGGACAAAACGGAGAGCGGACAGCGCAGCGCAAUGAGCGGGGCGUCGGAGCCGCCGGAGCCGUCGAUAACAAUGGCACCAGCAUCGGAAACGAAACGGUAACGGCGGCAGGAUGGAAAUGGAGAGAGGAGUGGGCAAUGGGAAGGGAGGGGGGCAAGCGGCGCCGCAAGCGGGCGUGGAAGGCCUGUUGUGCGGGUAUGGGGGUUGCCUGGCUGAUGAUGCUUGUGUGCGUGUGUGCACCCUUCACACGCACACAUAUCUCACAAGCCGGCACCAUCCCACCGGGGAGCACAGCAGCGCCGAAGCGCGUCCUCUGCACGGCGCUGCGAGAGCCUGAGCGGCCUUGGCGGCCGGGGUUCUAUGAGUUCGUGCGGGCAUUGCGAGUCAUUCCCGACGUUGCUUUCGUUUGCUUGAUUUGCGGCAUGUAUGGGAUUGCUAGCAGGAUGGGCACUCUGGAAUGUCCGGCAAGUUUUGGAGCAUACAUACGCAAGCAUGUGUGCGGAGCUAAUUUCUUAUCUUGUAGGGGGUUGUGCGGGAAACCAUAUGUUCGGAACGCCGGGAGCUGAGUUAAGCAGGAACUCUUAUCUCACCUGGCGGGCCAGAGUGUGACUUCACUUCGAACCAUAGCCAGUGGCUGGCAAUCGCACGAAACGGCUGCAAUCCAUCAUAAGUCGGGAGGGCAUGGCAAGCACGAUAUGUGAAGUUUAAUCACAGCAUGCAGCGUGUGCGUCUGCCUCGACAACGGAAGCCACAGCGGGGGUUUGAAACUGCUACAUUGAGUAAAAGAAAUUGGCAAUUCUGAGACGUCUGAAUCAUCUUUUGAUGAAGUUAGCGCGAUGCCCCCACGAUGGAGGACCAUUGGUGGUAUUACGGUACUCGGGGUGGGGGAGGAGAAACGGGAGAUGGACCGGUUCAAGAAAUGAGCUUUGUGGAUGCGUGCGGUGGAUACGGUAGCGUGCCUGCUGCCUGUUGCGGGAGCGUGCCGUGUGCUGCGUAUGUGCGUGUGCGAGGCGAUGUGCAUAUUUUAUGAAGAGCAGGAGGAGGUAUGUGUUGAAGCUUUUGAACUGCUGCAGGUGGCAGACGGCAUGAUGGGUGAGGAAGGCGGUUGCACGACUUGUUGCGAGACGAAGAACACGUGAGAGUCGGCAGUUGCAUAGCGAGCGUUCCCGGGGCGGGGGGGGGGGGGUUCGAACAUUGUGGAGGAGUGAGCGGGCGUGGCGUGGCGUGGCGUGUAGCGGGUUUGUUGUGACGUGUCCUGGGCUCUCGCCUUUCCAACACAUAUAGCGCCGCAUCGCGAUGCAGCGUAUUUAAGAGUGCCCGCCUCACAUGAGUUAGCAAGAGUGUGCGUGCUCGCGUAUGGUCCAGGAAAUGCCUGAGUCCUAAGUUUGAUCCUUUGUGUCUAUCUGUGCCUGCUUACUGUGUGGGUGACUGCGUCCGCACUUCGUCAUAUAGGCCAUGGGAGCGUGUGUGUACGCCCAUGCCAUCUGUCAAGUCUCGUUUGGAUGUUCGAAACAAAGAACGUGGCGCGGGCUCGUGCGGGCGGGGAAAUGUGGCCGAAGGCGUGACGUCGGCCACACUCGCCGCCGCGCGCUUGCUGCGCUGCUGGACGGGUGUGAGUGUGUAUGAUGCGGAGACAUGUGUGUGUGUGGACGACAGAUGCAUGUGCUGCAGUUUUGGAUUUUAUCAGUAGCAGCAGAAGCCGCGGAGGGCCGGGGCGAGGCGGGUCUUCAAAUUCCCUCCCCGCCCGGCUAGGCGUCGUGGGAACUGUGCACACCCCUUCCAGUGUGUGCGCAAGAAUUUUGGGAGUCUUGAUUUACCGUACCUGACGAGUGUCCGGCAAACCUCUUUCUAUGGGCCCACGGCGAGUGUGGAAAGCUUGCGUCUCUUACCCGUUCGUUUGCAUGUGUGGAGAAGAAGUCGCCUGUGCGAAGUGUCCUCGAAACCGGAGUCAAGGAGUGUGGCACGAUGCGCCCGCGCCUGUGCGCGUGGCAGUUGCCGGCACGAUGUUUAGCCAGUGGGCGUUUGUUGGCGUGGCCGACUCGAAGAGAAGCUGUGUGGUGCCUCUAACUGGACGACUAGAUGUACCGUAAAUGCAGUUGCAUGUGGGGUGCAAGCAGGCCCCUUUGACCGAUUGACAGCACCGUAGUAGACGCUCUGUGUAACACUAUCCAUCA